AUGCUAGAGUCAACUUUCCCCGCCAGCGGGCUCGACGAAGAGUCGGCUUUAAAGGAGGAGCUCCGAAAAGCGACGCGGUUCGAGAAGCGAUUAGAGGCCCAAGUUGGUGUCCCGCAAGAGCUGGAGCUCUUCACGGGAGACGAAUUGCACUACGUGGAGACGUCCGACGGAUGGCGACUCGCCCUCUGGCGUUAUCUCCCUUCUGAAUCGGUUCCCCGAAAAGCUCAUCCAGUCCUCCUCCUUUCCGGAAUUGCCACCAAUGCUCUCGGAUACGAUUUAUCACAAGAGGUGUCUCUGGCUCGACACCUGGCAGAUCAAGGGUUCGAUACCUGGGUGCUCGAGCUACGUGGAGCAGGCUUAAGCCAGUCUCCCUUCUCUCUAGCAGGGGCGCAGGGUUUGUCAUCUGCCAAGAGUACUGCUAUUGGUCCAAUAGAAGGACCCCCUAUUACAUUCGUUAAUGGUUCUGUAAAUGGCACGAUGAACGCUGCCAUCGAUACAGGAAACUCAGUUAAUGGGUUUCCAGCUAAUGGGGCUUCUAAAAACGAGUACGCAACUGGAGCUAGUACGAAUGGCUCGGCUGUUAAUAGCAGCAGCAGGACAGAUGGUACGACAAACGGCUCUGUGUUCACUCCGUUGUUUUCAAGUGAUGACGAAGAUUCAACACCAGCUGCCGCUGCAGCAACAUCAACAGCAACAGCAAUGGCAACACCAGCAGAAGUUCCAGAAUUGCCUGCAGCGACUAGUCCGGAUGCGUCAGAAGGUUUCAGCGUUUCGAGCAGCCUAUCUCGAACCAUGCAGCAGCUGCGGAAUUACUUCGACCAAUUCACCCGUUCAGAACCAGCAAUGGACCCCCAGGCACUGAGGCCGAAGCUAAAAUCCGCAGAAAUCAGAUUAAGAGAAGCUCUGGACCACGCAAGCCUGCAGCAGCCAGUGGCGCUGCUUGACUUGCAGCACAUACUCGUGCAGCUGCAGACCUGCAGUGACGUGGAGCUGACGUCGUCUGGCGUGACACAGCUGAGGCACGCCCUGGGUUCCUUCUUCAGCGAUGCUCAACAGUCACCUGACGUUUCACCUGAGGCUUUUGCAGCGAUGAAAGAUCUGGCUGACCUGAUUGGCCCACUGAGAUCCGAGACCACUCUCCCCACUGCCGCUGCUUCGUUCCUACAGCAGACCACCCGCCUUCUCAGCAACAGCAUCGCCUCUUCCAACCUUGAGAAACGGCUAUCCGAGCUUCAGAAACGGCUGGGGGAGAUAAUGGAGUCUAGGCAGGGCGUGGCGACGCCGGGAGUGGCUGAGCUGUACGAGCAGCUGAUUGGCGUGAUUCUGCAGACCCAGGAUGUGGCGAGUCUUGCCAAGGAGUACAAUUGGGACUUUGACACGUAUCUGUAUGAUGACCUGCCGGCCGCCAUGCAGUAUGUGCGGAAGUGGUCCCCGCCGCACGAUAGAAAGAUCCUGGCCGUUGGUCAUUCCAUGGGGGGGAUUUUACUGUACUCGCGAAUGGCUGCUCUCGGUCCUGAUGCGGGUUUGUUGGGGGUGGUGACGGUGGCAUCGUCACUCGAAUACUGGAUGGCUAAUUCCAGCUUGAAGCUGCUACGCCCACUCUCUGGCCCUGCUCGGGCGCUCAACUUCCCAGUCAUCCCAGUGGCAGUGCUGGCGCGAGCAGCGCUGCCCCUCAUGACCCAGCCGCCCUUCACACUCGCAUGGGUGGCACACCAGGUGUCAGCCCGCGAUGCCAUGGACCCCCAGCUCUUCCAAAAGCUCAUGCUCCACAACUUCUGCACCAUCCCCGUGAAGCUCCUGCUACAAAUGGAGUCCAUUUUCACGCCAGGGGGGUUGCGCAGUCGCAGCGGAUCCAUCUCGUACCUCAAGGGGCUCAGGGACUGCCACACACCCGUGCUCGCCCUCGCUGGCGACUCUGACGGUGUCUGCCCACCCCUCCUUGUUACAGAAACCCUCAAGGCGAUCCCAUCUUCCAGUGUUGAGUACCGGCUGUUUGGAGGGUCGGACAACCGCCACUACGGGCACUACGACAUGCUCGUGGGCAAACAUGCACCAGAGGAAGUGUACCCUGUCAUUACAGACUUUCUGUCAAAGACUGAUGGUGUUAACGGGGAGCCAACCAGGGCUGCAGACGAGUUCCCUUCCAACACGCCUGCCAUGACAGAUUCCGGGUUGGAAAGCCGCGUCGUCCCUGCCGGGGUGACAAGCCUUCCACUUGACCGUGUGCCAAGCCUUCACCGGUUCAAUCUGAUUGCUGAAUCCCCUUACCAACUUCCACUCGAGCCUUGGACUGCCGCAUCAGGCAGCAGCACUGCCAGCGCUUCUGAGCCUUUUGUCCCGAAGCAGCCGGUUCGGGAGGACAUGGUUCGGCAGGCCGUGAGCUUCCUUUCCAACCCUAAGGUUCGGAGCUCCCCGGUUCGGUUCCGCCGAGCCUUCCUGGAGCGCAAGGGCAUGUCAGCAGAGGAGAUUGACGAGGCCUUCAGACGCUGCCCAGACCCCGCAACAGGGUCAGAGGACGUGGAGGUGGGCUCUUCUUCCCAGCCUCUGCCUGCUGCUCGCAAGGCCCCAGCUGCCACUGCUGCUGCUGCUGCUGCUGCUGCUGAGCCAGCUGUCGCUGCCACUCCUGCUGUUGCUGGUUCUGCCGGUCCGCAGCAGCAGGCACAGCCACAGGCGCAGCAGGCGUUUUCGUGGUCGAAGCUGGCAGUGGCUCUGGCUGUUGUGGGUGCAGGCACUGCCGGCACUGCUGCCGUUGCAAAGCGACUCGUCCUCCCACGCCUCAAGACCUGGCUCCAGGAAGCUGCAGCACAAGAAGCUUCCAAGAAAGGCAAGCGCCGCAGCAAGCAGGCUGCGAAGAAGGGCAGCAAGGGGAAGAAGGCAGGCAGACGACGAGGGCAGGACUCUCACCCAGGCAUGCUCGAGGCGGUACGCGAGGAUGGGAAGGAGGAGGUAGAGGAUGAGGAGGAGGGGAGUAGAGACAGCAGCAGCAGCUCUAGUAGCAGCAGUGAGUCAGAGAGUGAGUCGGAGACAGGGGAUUCAGAGACCCUGGCGUUUCGUCAGCCCACCCAGCAACAGCAGCAGCAGCAGCAGCAGCAGCAGCAGCAGCAGCACAGCAGCAACGCUCCCUACGCCCAGCCCUACUCUUCUCAGGCCUACUCCCCCCAGCCCUACUCCGCCCAGCCGUGGCGGCCGUCUAGUGCCCCCACGCCCUCUUCAGCCUCUGCUGCUCUGGCCGCUGGAAGUAGCACUGGUCUUACUGGUGCGUCUGGUGCAGGUUCAGCUGGUGAAGGCUCAGCUGGUGCAGGCUCAGCUGGUGCAGGCUCAGCUGGUGCAGGGGCAGCUAACGGCCCUCCUCAUCCCAAGUCCUUUUACGAGGUGAUGGAGAUGGUAAAGCGAGGAGAAACACCCCCAGGCAUCAAGGUAACUGCUUGCUUGCUGAGAAUACUCACACGAGGCACUGUUCCAAACCAUCUGUAUUCAGGCGAAGGCCCCUUUUUCUUUCGGCUGAAGAGUGAACUCGAUGGGGACACAAAGAAGAAGGCAUGUUAUCUUUAA